UACAAAUUGGUAAAGUCCAUUCAUUUGCGAGUUACAGACAAAACCCCAGAAAUUUCCAGGAGAAAAUAGAAGAAAUGGUGAGGCGGUCGAGGUUGAUCCUUACUCUCUUCGGCGCAGGUUUGGUGUUGCUGGUGAUUGGUAAUGCUCUGAGGCUAGCCAAAGCCAACAAUUCACCUUCCGCCUUUGUCCAAAACGCCAUCUUCUCCAACAAGAUCGUUAUGUUCUCCAAAUCCUAUUGCCCGUAUUGCCUUCGUGCCAAGCGGAUUUUCAGUGAGCUAAAUGAGAAACCUUAUGUUGUAGAGCUUGAUCUCCGAGACGAUGGAGGUAAAAUCCAGUAUGUCCUUCUGGAUUUGAUAGGUCGAAGCACUGUUCCACAAGUGUUUGUGAAUGGCAAGCAUAUUGGAGGCUCUGAUGAUCUCAGAGCUGCAGUCAAUGAUGGUACACUGCAAAGGCUUCUAGCUGCAAGUUGAUGAACUGUUAGAAAGAAGGAAAUGCAAUCAUUCUAUCUGAUUCGUUAACUAUAAAACUGCUCGAGGAUUAGAGAAUCAUAUCUGGGUUGUGAAUUUUGUUAGUUCACAGCAAGAUUUCGAUGAGUGCUCUGUGAUAAUGGCAUGCCCUUUGUGAGGUUAUCUUAUAUUGCUUCAUCGUUAUGGAGGACUCUAGUUUAGAUCUUAAGUACAUUUUAAAUGUAGAUGAGGGAGGGGACAAUAACCUCAUUUAGCUUUCACAUUAAUCUAUACUUCUGUUGGUGGAUCCUUUUCCUCUAACAAGUGGAUUUUAGGAAGUCCACGUUCAUAA